CAAAUCUAUAGAAUCAGGGUAUUAUAAGAUAAUAUUAUUUUAGAAUGGGAGAGAGCUCACAAAAUGCUAGAUUAUUUGACUGCAGUGAUGAUUCUGAUGUAGACAAGGAAUAUCUUCCAGAUUCAUCGCCAGACACUAGCAGCUCAAACCAAGAAAUUAUGGAAGGAAGGGGCCAUAUUGUCACAGCAGAAGAUGGUGAAGGUGAAACCAAGGGGAAGAAAAAUGUUCGAAAAAGGACAAGGAAUCCAAAGUCUUGGGCGUGCAAUGUGAGGAAAAAAGCUCAUGAUGAAGGAAAAGAGUACAUGUCUGUACGAAAAAAACUAGGUCCUGCAAAAAGCGUGCUGACCAAAAAGAACUGUUUAACUAGUUGCGUUCACGGAUGCCAAAAAUUUAUUUCCGAUCAAGAGAGAAACAUCAUAUUUCAAAACUAUUAUACCCUUGAUGAACACGCAAAGAAAUUAUUUUUGCUCACCAUUUCCCAAAAAUUUUUGGUAGAGAGGCAUAGAAAAGGAAAAAAUGCACAAAACAGUCGCCGGAAACAUACUUUUCGCUAUUAUUUUAACGUCUCGGAUCAAAGGAUUGAGGUGUGCAAGCUAUUUUAUCUGGGGACGUUAUGUAUUAGUCAGACUCCAAUAUAUAAUGUACAUUUAGGAAAGGACAUCGUGUCGAACACACCUAAAGAGAGCAGGCAAGGAAGACAUGUGAAACACAGUAUCAAUGAUGAUGACAAAACAUUUCUUAAAAGGCACAUCGAAAGUUUCCCCAAAGUGGAGUCUCGCUACUACCGGGCAAAUAGUAGUAGAGAGUACCUAGAAUCAAACCUUAGCAUUGCAAAAAUGUAUUCGCUCUAUGUGGAUCUCUGCAAGUCAGAAAAUAAGCAACCUGUUAAGGACUCAUUUUAUAGGCAUGUUUUUAGCAACGAAUAUAACCUUUUUUUCCAUACAUCAAAGAAGGACAGAUGUGACUUGUGUGAGGAAGUAAAGCUACAAAUAAUAGAGAACAGACUAUCCACUGAGAAAAAUGAAGAAUAUUCAAGACAUUCCAUAGAAAAGGGAGCAUGCAGAAAUGAAAAAAAUACUGACAAGGAAGAUGAAAACACUGUUAUUUUAUGUUUUGACUUACAAAAUGUUCUGUCAUGUCCUCGAGCAGAAAUCAGUAGUUUUUACUAUAGAAGUAAGUUUAAUGUAUAUAAUCUAACAGCUAUCCUGUCAAGUACAAAGAAAGUAUACUGUGCUGUUUGGCACGAAAUGUUUAUGGGACGAAGUGGCAAUGACAUUGCCAGUGCUGUGGUAACAAUCUUGGAAAGGGUAUUUGAUGACAAUCCAAAUCUCACCAACUUGUAUUGUGGAGUGAUAGUUGUGUUCCACAAAACAGAAACUCUUUGAUGUCCUACGCAGUAUCAUAUUUUUUACAAGAGCACCCUAACUUAGGCACCAUUACCAUGAAGUUUUCAACACCUGGGCAUUCUGGUGUCCAGGAGAUAGAUAGUGUCCAUAGUGCCAUUGAACGAGUCCUUAAAAAAAGUGAGUACUUUUCUCCAGUGUCAUUGAUACGACUUCUCUUGAAAGUCAACCUCAGAAAACCAUACUGUAUAAUUCAGAUGAAGGCUCGCCAUUUUAAAGACUUUAAGGCAUGUACAGGGUUACUUGAUUAUA